AGACAGAUGUCAGCUGUUUUGUUACACGCAUCGUGAGCUGAGUUGAUCAUUUCCAUGAAACAGUCUGCAGCUUUGUUUCCUCUUGAUUGUACUGUUUCUUUGUUUAUUUCAUGGAGUGAUUAAAAAAAUUGUGUCAACAUAAUUGGAAGUGUGGAAAACUCUAUACAAUUCGAGGUGAUUCAAGAUUGGGCAGUUAUUUGAGGUUAGAAAGAAAAAAAAUAACGCUUUAUAAAAACCCAUCAAAGAGAGAACAUACACAUAUAUACAACACAACACAGAGAGAGGAAAAAAAAGGCCAAAAGGAAAAGGUUGGUGUGAACAAAACAUCGCGUCAAAAAGUGUCGACAAAAAGGCUUUCUUCAUCAUCGCAGGGGGAAUAAAAAAGAGGUGUAUGUGUGUUUAUUUGUGUGCGUGCUCCUAAAUUUCAGUGUGAAACUUAUUAUCAAAAAAAAAAGAAAAAGAAGUGUAUUUUUCAUUUCACGAGGAUACUAUAUAGAUUUCAUUAAACCAUUUUGUUUGCGCACUGGAUAAAAUACAUCCGAGUGGCGUAUUCCAGACAGUGAAACAAAAAUAAUGGCGCAGCCGAGUUCUAGCGCCGUCAGGGCUCUUGCCCUCGAAUACAAAAGUCUCCAGGAGGAACCCGUCGAAGGCUUCCGCGUCAAACUUGUUAACGAGGACAACAUGUUCGAGUGGGAAGUUGCAAUUUUCGGACCACCAGACACUCUCUACCAAGGAGGCUAUUUUAAGGCACACAUGAAAUUCCCGCCAGAUUAUCCAUACAGUCCACCAAGUAUUCGUUUCAAGACAAAAGUUUGGCAUCCCAAUGUUUAUGAGAAUGGAGACUUGUGCAUAUCGAUUUUACAUCCACCAGUAGAUGAUCCACAAAGCGGUGAGCUUCCAUGUGAAAGGUGGAACCCAACUCAAAACGUCAGGACAAUCCUGUUGAGUGUGAUCUCGCUCUUGAAUGAGCCCAACACAUACAGCCCUGCCAAUGUCGAUGCCUCAGUGAUGUACAGACGUUGGCGCGACUCCAAAGGACGGGACAAAGAAUAUGAAAAUAUCAUCAGGAAACAAGCGCAGGCUGCAAAAAUGGAAGCGGAGAAAGAAGGAAUCGUCGUUCCAUUAACAUUAGAAGAUUAUUGCAUAAAAACACGAGAAAGGCCUGUUGAACAUCAACUCGAUAUGACAGAUUUUUACGAUGACGAGUAUGAGCUCGAUGAUGAUGAGGACGAGCAAUUGAGUGCAAGUGAUUACGAGGAUGGCGACGACAGCGGUAACGGAGAGUCGUGAUCCAUUUCAUAAAAAUAAAAAAAAAAGAAAGAAAAGAAAAGAAAGAAAAUCCCAGAAAAAGAAGAAAAAAGUUUACGACAAAAAAAAAGAACUUUUUCAAUCCAGUUCUGUAUAGAGUAUUAAAUUAACGAGCUUCUGAACUGGACGCUGCUGAUGUUGCGUGAACAUUACAAAAAAAAAAUUCACACGAACAAUCGUAAUAGAUUUUCGAAAAAAAAAUUACACAACUUGUCUUUUUAAAUUCUGGAGCUUUUGCUUUGGAGAAGAGAAGAGCAAAAAACUUGUAUUAGAUUAUUAAAAAAUAUUAAAAUCCCUAGUGGUACUUAUACAAUAUUUACAACGUUUAGAGCGUGGAAAAAAAUUGGUUAAAUGCGCAAUGUUUUCCUUUUUUUUUGAACUAUUGUAGCGUUUCUUUUAUAGUUAGUGCAAUCACUUGCCCUUAUAAAUUUUGAAUUUAUCUUUUUUGUUUAUAAUUUAACAAUCGUUUAUAAUUCGAAACCUCGUGUUCUCAAAAAUAAAAAAGUUUUUAAGUAUAUUUUCUAUUGUGAUAUUUCGAAGAGUUUUUUUUUCUCUUUAGUUCUCUUUGAAGAAAGAUUUCGAAAUUUACCAAUUUGUAAAUUUAAUUUUUUGUUAAAUUGAAUUCAUUGACUUAAUAUAUAUAUAUAAACAUAAAAUAAAAAAAAUAUAUAGAAAUAAAGAUCGCAAAAAAAUAUUGACAUCGAAUUUUUUAAUAUUUAUCAUCGCAAUGAAAUUUUAUUCGAAAAAAAAGAAAAAUUGCCCUGUUUGGAAGCUCCUUAACUUAAGCUGACGGUAUAUGAAUAUAAAUACUUGGAUAGAAAGCACUGUGCUUGUUGUGUUGUGACUGGCACGUUAAUCUUUUCAUUCGACCGGCAAAUUAUUCCAUUCAUUGAUCUACGAAUAAUUUUUUUUUCUCAUUCAAAAAAAAAAGAUAUAUUUUUUUCUUUUUGAAUUUUCUAUUUAUUUUUUAAUGCCUGAUUUAUGAAUGGAAUUGUCGCGAAAUCGAAAUGUAAUAAUAAUGAUGAUGAUUAUGAUUCACGUGUAGAAGAAAAAAAAACAAAUUAUGUUUUUUUUUGUGGUUAUAUUUAUGCCGCGUGAAAAUCGAAAAAUAUAUUAGUAGUAAUAUCUAAAAUAAUUGGAUUUGUUAAGACAAAAAAAAAAAAAAAAAGAAAAGUUGGAGUCAGGAAAAAUCUGUCGAUGAGAUGAUGAUAAUGAUGGGAAGAUUUUCGUAUUCUUCGCUUUAGGUUUAAAUGCCGAUAUAAAUAAGGCGUAAAUUAUCUAAUCUAGAUAUUCCCUGUCUCUACUAUUUAACAAAUUUUUAGACAAAAAUAUUUUAUUGUUAUUUUUGCCUCGGUUUUUUCUUCAAUAUUUUCGAAAUGUACAAAAAUAAUAAUCGUGUCUCUUUUCUAUUUUUUUGAGGGGAAAAUUUUUUCUUUGAAUUAAUUGAAAAGGAAAUUUUGAAUUAGUAGCAAUACAUUUUUCUGGUUUUUUUUAAGUCGAGGUAAUUUUUAAAUUUUGUUCUAAUUUUCUUUUGAAUUAGCGAAUUUAGAAAAAUUUAACCGAGUGAUAAUUAUCAAGCAUUAUAAAUUUUUUUGUUUUAAUGUUUGAAUUAAGAAUUUUUAAUUGUAGUGAGAAUUUUUUUAUUAAUUAAAUUAGAAUUUCGAAUAUUUUUGAAAGUGGGAAAAAAAUAUUGUUUUGAAUGACAUUGACGUUUGGGAUUUGAAUUUUAUUCAUUUUUAUUCCCGAACGCAGGUCUUCCGUGAGAAAUUCAGUUAUACACUUUCUGUUAAAAGAGACUUUUUUUAUAAGUUUUUCUGACCUAUUUUUGUUAAAUAUUUUUCUUUUUCUUAAGACAGUACUUUUUACAAUAUAUAUUAAAAUUAUCAGAACAAUGGAAAUAUAUAUUGCGCCUAUACGUCAUUAAGAGUUUGGCUUUACGAUUAUUCGAUCCAAGAUCUCCGGAUGCGAUUCACAAGUGAAACAAUGCACCAUUUUGCUCAUUUUUGACAAAAAAAAGAAAAAUGUGUAUUGAUUUGUACGAAUGUAAAUAGAUCGUCAAUUUUUCGAAAUGUGAGAGAAGAAUAUUUCUUUUAUUCAAAAAAAAAUUCACUGUCUUUCUGUUCUUUAUCGGUGAAUUUUCGAUAAUCGACCAAAAUUCACGUGUCAAAAACUUCAAUAUGUUAGAACGACGAAAUAAACAAAACAAAAAAAAAAUUA